GAGCGCGCGAAGCGGAGGGCGAGGCGGAGCGGUGAUGGACAGAGCGAUGGAGAGGGUCUUGAAGACCUAGGGGAUCUCAGUUUCAGCUUAGAAGACUCACUUGUCCUUGGACCCGACAGAAAACCCCUCAAACAUCGAAUGGGUGCGGGCGAUGAAGUGGAUUACGUGACACCGGAUAAAGGUAGGAAUGGUAAAGGAGCGGAAGGUCAUGAAGCGAAGAGAGUGAAAUGGGACCGAGGCCUGUUUGACACCGUCUAUCUGGACGAUAUCAAACCGGGAACCCAGGGGACUUCGCUCAAGGCGGCAGUAGUCACUCAGAAGGGGGCACUGUCUGCAACUGCGAAGUCCCUCCAGUUGGAUAGCUACGGAAACUUGCUUGCCGAUUCACCGCUCAAGGAUCUCGUCCCCGAGAACAUCACUGUCAAGAAAUUUGUUUAUGAUGACGAUGUAGAGGCUCAUGAGAUACCGAAACCAAAGACCAGGAGCAAGAAAUCCAAGAGUUAGUUGUUCCAUAUUUCCAUUUCGAUAAUUAUAUUGGCAUCACUCUAUUUUCUAUUUUCGCAAUUUCUUCGAUAUUGUACGCUUUCGAUGAUCUUGUAAUACAUUAACAGUGCUACAACCUC